CAAGACCUAAAAAAAACCAAAUGAAAUCUCCAAAUGAUCAACAGGAUCCAACGGCUUGGCUAGCUAGUUUCAGGCACAUCCGCGAACUGAUAGUGUGGCGUGGAUUGGGAGUAGUUCGUUUGGACAGGAUUCGUUUCUACAGAGAAAAUAUGCCCAUGGUUCGUUUGGACAGAGGAAAUUCCGACUUAGGUACGUUUGGACAGAAUAUAAUUUGGGCAGCGGAAACGAAUUCCGUCCGAACGUACCGACUUAGGUCAUCGUCAUCGUCAUCGUCAUCGUCAUCAUCAUCAUUAUUUUUGUUAUUAUGAUUAUGACUAUUAUUAUUGUUGUUGUUUUCAAAUUAAACAUAUGAAACAUAAAUUGAAACUGAUGAAGUAUCAAUAUACAUUAUUUACUUUUUCUGACCAAAUCGGUCCGGGGGAGAUGACCGUCCGCCGUUCGCACGUAUGUUUGAAUUUCUCCACAAAAUUUUAUUUCAUCAAUCGGAAGCAAGUAAAUCAGCAAAAUACAAAUCCCUGUAAAAAACUAAUUCACAAUGAAGGUUUCCCCGGUGUGUUUCGCCGAUUUCAUUCAUUUUGUCAUAUAAGGAUCCCACUGCGUCAAUCGAAUUCUUCUGAAGCAGGUUGUCGUGGACUGAAAUCCAGGCGACGGGCAUCCAUCCCACCCACGCACGAACACUACCUGGGGGCUGACCUCCCUACAUAUUAGUUAAUUAUAAGAUAUAUGGCAAGAUUCGAGUUCGAUGAUCCGAUUAAAUGUUUAUGUCGCUGGUAAGUGUGAAGUUAAGUCAAUGGGCUUUUGCGUUUUUGCCAAAGAGAAAUAUCGAAGGGGGUGAUCACCCCUCAUGCUCAUUCAGGUUCCCCUGCGCCGAUUGGAUUAUUUCCGAAAGGUGUUACAGUAGGAGAGACUGGGGCAUGUGUUGACGGAGGUGAGUAUUCAUGGGCCAAUAAAACGCAGAAUAUUGGCGUUAUGAACGAAAAUGAUUUUAUUCUAAAUUGUAGCAUAUUUCAUUUGGUUUAGUAUAUUGUUCGAAUUUCACUGCAUUAUUUACAUUCUUUUCUUGGAAAAUAUUGAUUCGUGAAUGAUCUACCUCCGGGGCAAGUUUCAACAAUUCACAUGAGGCAAGUAUUAACAUAUUGAAAUUUACCUCGUUAGUAUGGUUUGCAAUGAAAGCAAUUCAUUUUUUUCUUUCCAGUGUGAGGAUUUAUAAAAGGGAAACGACACGGGGCACUACUUUUCGGGAAGUGUAUGAUUUGGCAUCCAAGAAAAUAUCGAAUAAUCAUCGAACAUUCAGAGAAGUUGCGGAAGAAUUUAAUAUUUGUUUGAGGACACUUUUUGAAUUUGUUAAAUGGAUUAAAAAAAAAAAUAGUAACCCGGAAAUCGGAUAUAACAAGCCUUAUAGACUUAUUUUUACUCAAACUCAGGAGGCCUGCAUUACAGAGUUAAUAUAUAAAUAACAACUAAGUAAACCACAAUGUAGCAGACUCUUGCUUGCUGUGUCUCGCUGGUUGUAUUUCCGACCAUCAGGAGACGCUGGUGAUUUCAAAAUUUCGUUCGAAUAUUAGCGCCUAAUUUCUCAUUGGCUAAGAAGUUGUCGGGAAUGCAUACGCCAGCGAAUCAGCGGCCAAAGGUCCACGCUACCGAAGUCAUGAGGCUCUUGAAGCGUUGACGCAUAGUAUCGUGAAUUGACAGUAUUGAUUUUCUUGUGAAUAUCGUCUUUCUGAUAUGAAAAAAGCAUCUAAUUUACUUCGUUCUCUAUCCUAUCAAGUAUUCGUUCUUCAAAUUCUCUGUUUUGUUCUGAAUAAUCUUUUUUCUUCAUCUUUUCAAACAUUGUUCACUUUUUAUUUCUGAUAAAUUUUCAAUCUAUCUCUCUUUCCCAUUCGUUCAACUUUUCUCUUUUCAUUCACUGCUCUUCUUGCAUUUGUUGCUAUCUUUUUUUUUAAAAAAAGCCCUUUUCACGGCUAUUAAUUCAGCGGUGCCAGUGAAACGGCAAACGGCGUAGAUUAGUUUUCUCUUGCAGUGAGGUAAAGUUCUGUUGUCAUACUAUAGAAAAUAAAUUCUGAGAUUUUACAUUGCAUUGUUAAUGCUAGAUCGACGAUAAAUUUUUUCUCUCUCUCUCCUCCUUCGCUCUUUUUUAUCUCUCCACUAAACAGCUCUUUUUGUAGCUGAAACGACCUACUUCAGCUACAAAAAUACAUAUAGGGUAUUUCGCGCAAAGCGGACCGGCUUUUGACCCCCCUACAUCUAAUCGCGUGAUGAUUUACUUGGGGUUCUUCAUCUAAUUUUUCUGUGUUUGUUAUUAGAUGCAGGAAAUAGCUGGAACGCGACGAAACACUGUCCGCUACAUAUAUGAGGAGUACGAGUAUCAUAUUGAUACUAUGUCCCCUGUCAUUUAUCGAUGUGCGACUCGUAAGACCACGGGAUGUCGGGGUACCGCACGAGUAGAUGCUGCGGGGGUAGUCACGGUUUACUGGCCGCACAAGGGACACCAGCCCAAUCGGAAUGUUUUGGAGGAAGCGCAUAUGCGUCAGGAAAUGUUGGACUUGGCGGCCCGGACGAACGCUCCUCCGAAGGAGAUUUUCGACAAAGUGUGUCGAAGAAAUCCUGUGGUUGCGCUAAAUUUUUCGUUUGUGGUCAUCAAAAGAGCGAUACAACGCGUUCGGGCGAAAUUGAGGCUGCCUACAUCCGCGACAUUUCAAGACCUUAGCGAAGUCUUGAACGAUUACGCGCCAACUUAACGAGCGUAUCGAGGACUCAUGGAAGGAGCCGAUGGAUCCGUGAUAGUGAUGUUCGCGAGCGAAAGAAUGUUGCGACGACUGGGGAAUUUGACAGAAAUUCACGUGGAUGGAAUUUUCAAGGUACACUCGUUCGGAGAAUAUGAAACCUCGUUCGAAAUUUCCCUAGACUCUAGAAUUUACCGCAAUAAUAUAAUUCACACGGUUUGGGAAGAAUUGUUAUCGCAAAUGAAAUUCAAUCGUGAUAAAUUUUGCAGUUUGUGCCAAAUAACCCGCCAAUCGCGCAACUCUACACAAUUACAUGCGCGUGAUGGAUACUGUAUGUAUUUCUUUUAUUCGCAAUGGAACGUAUUCUCUUAUAUUGAAUAAUGAAUUAACAAACGCAUACAAUUUACGUAUGUAUACAAAAAUUUAUAUAAAUGUUCAUUUUCUAUCAUGAUCUUACGAUCAAACGUGAGAAUGAAAAAUCAUCCAGGCUUUCGGUCUAAGGUCCAACACGUUAUAGAUCAUACAAUUUAUUUUACAGGGACGAGCAGCUGUUUUCGUACUGUGCAGUGCGCAGACGAGAGCACUAUAUGCGGCUAUUUUUCAAAAAAUUUUUGAACUUGCAACCGGAAUCCAACAGAGUCUACGUUUCGCCAUGGGCGACUAUAAACGCGCGGCGAUGAGCGCUCUACGCGAAAUAUUUCCCGCGGCCAGCCUACAUGGGUGCUGGUUUUGUUUUAAACGGGUGAAGCACUUGGAAUACGUUUGAAAAAACAGUAUGUUCCCGGACGAUUGUCAUAGCAAUUCGCUGAGGAAUCAAUGAGCGGCUCGAUAAAAUUUAUCAAUUUUUCGAUUGUAAUUUUCGUUACAAAAUCGUCGUCAGUUU